GCGAGCACAAGACCGAGGAAUAUGCAGCCAUCAACCCAUUCCAGCUUGUCCCAGCAAUUGACGAUAAUGGAUUCAACCUCACUGAGAGCGUCGCCAUUUUGCGUUACUUGUGCCGCGAGCACAAAGUGGCCGACCAUUGGUACCCCAGUGAUUCAAAGGCACAGGCACGUGUUGAUGAAUACCUUGAGUGGCAGCAUGUGAACACCCGACUGCAGUGUGCUAUGUUCUUCCAGUUUAAGUUCCUGCGACCAAAGAUGCUUGGGAUGCCAGUGAAUGAAAAGAAAGUUGCGGAGUUCAAGGAACGGAUGGAAACUGUGCUGGAUCAGCUGGAAACCAUUUGGUUGAAAGAUCGCCCGUUUAUUGCCGGAGAUCACAUAACCAUUGCUGAUUUACUUGCUGCUUGUGAACUGGAGCAACCAAGUAUGGCUGGGUAUGAUGUGUGUGAGGGAAGGCCCAACCUGACUGCCUGGUUCAAACGCGUCAAAGAUGCAUUCCAGCCACACUAUGAUGAAGCACACAUGAUGGUAUACCGUGUCAAGGAUAAAUUUGGCGGCAGUCCCAUGAAAUCAAACCUUUAACAUGAACGAUGGUGUAUAUAUAGUUUUUGAGGCAGUUCCAUAUGUAGGAUUAGCUGUGAUGUAUGUUUUUCCUUUGGCAUUAUUAAAAGAAAUAUUAUGGGAGUUUCCUUAGUAUGUAGGCUGUCAAAUUUGAUGUAUGAAUACUUAUUAUAAGUUAAAGACUGGUGCUGUUGUUAGUGAAAAUUAUUAUGUCAUAAAUAUAACUUGAACAUUUAUUUUAGAUACUCACUUGGCAUAAAUGUAGUUUUGUGACUGUAUUUGUAAAUGUACAGAACAAAUAUUGCUUAUGUUACUGAAACCCUAGAUACAGUUACAGCAGUUUAUAUUUUUAUAUGUGAAUAGUUUCAUGAGCAUUUUAUAUCAUAGUAUCUAUGACUAACAAAUAUUGGGUAAUAAAGAAAUUGUAAUUUGUAACUGCAUUUGUGAAAAUUAAUACAACAGAAAGGACUUAA